CUGGUUGGGCAUGUGGAGAUCUAGUGAUGAGGAUGAAUGCUGUCCUGGGCUCGGUAACAACAAGGAGCGGCAGGAAGGUGCAUGGUGGGCAGCAGAGGUCUUCAGACGCUUCUGGGGGCAAAGGGGGGAAUGAGAUAACAGGGCAGCAACUGGGUGACCUAGAACUUAAGUCAGGACCUAAAGGUCGGAAAGCGGCGAACAAGAGGGUCCAGGUGGAGUAUCAGUCUGUCAGCGAGAGCAGAGAUAAGAAACCCAAAUGGGAGCCCAGACAUUGGAAUCAACAUCUGGAGAAUAUCAGGCAGAUGAGAAGCAACAGGGACGCUCCUGUGGACCAAAUGGGAGCAGAGAAAUGUUUUGAUCCGAACGCUGCUCCAGAGGUGAUGCGGUACCAGGUGCUACUGUCGUUGAUGCUGUCCAGUCAAACGAAGGACCAGAUAACGUCGGCUGCCAUGUUUAGACUGCGGGAGCACGGCCUUACUAUUGACAGCAUUCUACAGACCGAUGAUGACACACUCGGAAAACGAAUUUAUCCUGUGGGAUUCUGGAAGAACAAAGUGAAGUACAUUAAGCAGACAACACAGAUCCUACGUGACCGGUACAAUGGUGACAUUCCCAGUAAUGUGUCCGAUCUGGUGAAACUGCCGGGGGUCGGACCCAAAAUGGCCCAUCUGGUGAUGGAUAUAGCCUGGAACCAGGUAUCCGGGAUUGGAGUGGACACUCAUGUGCAUCGCAUUUCCAACCGGCUGAAGUGGGUGAAAAAAGAGACAAAGACCCCAGAAGAGACUCGUGUGGAGCUGGAAGACUGGAUGCCCAGGGAUCUUUGGAGCGAGAUUAACUGGCUUCUGGUGGGUUUUGGCCAGCAGAUAUGUCUCCCUGUGUCUCCUCGGUGCUCCGAAUGUCUGAACAAAGAUAUCUGUCCAGGCGCAAAGAAAAAAUAAAACCUGCUGUAGUUUUUGUAGCUCAGGGGGACAAGAUCACCACUUGGGAAAUUAGUUUACAGCAGCUAAGAUUACAAUGAGUUAAAAUUACACUACUGCACAAGACAAAAAAGGCAUUAUAUGUUAUUGAUUACUGGGUUUUUUUAUACCUUCAGAAAGUAAAAUAGAAAUCUAUUUUUGUUUGAA